AUGUCAAAGCCUCUUUAUGAGUUUGGCCCUAAUGUUAAUGUCGUCAAAGGUCCUCAUGCCCAUGAUUUUCCCAUCAUCAUUCAAGCAAACAAUGUGGAGUUCUCUGAUUACAUCCCAAAGCAUUUCAUGAACUCAGGAAAAGACUUCGUUGACUAUGUCAAAAGUUUCCCGCUUCGAUAUCCCUUAUGCGACUUCCUAGAGCCAUUCUACCCUAAACAAGAUGCAAAAUGGAUUGUAAAUACCUACAUUAUUCAAUCCUCUGACUCUGAAGAAGGGGAUGAUGAGGUUGAUAGUGAAGAAGGCGUUGAUGAAGAAGAAACUGAUAAUGAGAAAGAUGAAUUAUCCACUGAUAAGGGAGAAGUCUUUGUUCAAGGAAUGAACUCUCCUCCAAGGAUGAACAAACACAUUCGAUUCUUAUCUACUUCUUCAUCCACUCCAUUUACAGAUGAUGUUCUACAACGUGGAUCAACCCCACAUUUUGUGGAAACUACUGAGCCACUUAUUCAAGAUGUAAUUUCUCCAAGAACAACGUCUCCUCAUCAACAAGUUGAGACUGUUCCUCCUAUGCCAACACAUAUUCAGACUGCUACUAUUUAUCAAGGGGAAUCAAGCUCCAAUUUUGACACAACUGUACUCUCUCAAUUUUCUCUAUUAGUAAAAACAACUCAAUCGUUGGGAGAAAGAUUGUCUAAAGUUGAAUAG